UGAAGUUGGCCAUGAUGACCCGGAUGUGAUCAUAGUGGCUGCAUUUAUUAUUUCACGUUGUGGAGCAGUUUUUAAAAAAUCCUCUAACAUAUCUUGUAUUGUUGUAUUCAUUUACUAAUUGAGACUUUUUUGUUUGUUUGUUCGGGUUGGAUAAUUAAUUCUGCAGCACAUAUUUGCAUAUCUGUCUGUUAUUCUGCUGGUUUGUUGUUCCUCCACUUCAUGCCCAGGUGGAAAGGAGAAGAGUUUGCGUCACGUGUUUGAGUGUAAACAGACUGAUAUUAACACCUAGCCUUAUUAUUCAUACUCUAAUGAUAGAAACUUCUUAGCUCGCUAUCAGGUGCUCUUAUAAGCCUGUUGUUUUGUGUUUCCUUCCUUUUGUACCAGCGUGAACAUCAUGUAUCUACAAGCCUCACUAUCUCACUGCCUCUGCUAGUUAAGUGAUAGUUUAGUUUAUGAGUUAAUGAGUUAAUGAGUUUGGAUUGGUUUGACUAGUCUGUGUGGCUGAGAGCCAUGAGCACUUCCCCUGGAGCUCAGCAGGCUUCUCUGCGCUUUGGCCAGGUCGUUAUUGGGCCACCUGGCUCAGGUAAAACGACCUACUGCCGAGGCAUGCAUGACUUCCUGAGUCAAGUAGGGCGCAAAGUCGUGGUAAUAAACCUGGAUCCUGCAAACGAAGGACUGCCUUAUCAGUGUGCAGUGGACAUCUCGGAGCUAGUCACACUUGAAGAUGUGAUGGAGGGUCUGAAACUAGGCCCUAACGGUGGCCUCAUCUAUUGCAUGGAGUAUUUAGAGGCCAAUCUGGACUGGUUAAAGGCUAAACUGCAGCAGCACCAUGACUGCUACUUCCUGUUUGACUGCCCUGGUCAGGUGGAGCUUUACACUCAUCACGGUGCAGUGCGAAAUAUAUUUGCCCAGCUAUCCAAGUGGAAUUUCAGGUUGACUGCAGUGCAUCUGGUGGACUCUCAUUACUGCGCUGAUCCAGCCAAGUUCAUUUCUGUGCUCUGCACCUCGCUGUCCACCAUGCUUCAGGUGGAGCUGCCUCACGUCAAUGUUCUCUCCAAGAUGGACCUCAUUGAGCAGUACGGCAAGCUGGCCUUCAAUCUUGAUUUCUACACGGAGGUUAUGGACCUGUCGUACCUGGUGGAACAUUUAGCCACUGACCCGUUUUUUAAGAAGUUCCACCAUCUGAAUGAGAAGUUGGCUGAGGUGAUUCAGGACUACGGCCUCGUGUCGUUUGUCCCUCUGAAUGUGCAGGACAAGGAGAGCAUGAUGCAGGUCCUCCGCACAGUGGACAAGGCCAAUGGCUACUGCUUCGGUGACUUGGAGGAGAGAAAUCUGCAGGCUAUGAUGUCUGCUGCUGUUGGUGCAGAUUUUCAGUUUAACUUAGCUCAUGGAGUACAAGAGAGAUAUGUGGAAACCAACAAAAAGACUUUGGAAGAAGAGGUCAUGGACUUGUAACUGCAAUAAAAGCUAAAUUUAGUGACUUGUUAUUGACUUGACUGUCUUUCCUAAAUAGAAGGUUUUGAAGUUUUAAGAUUAUUUGUAGUAGACAAACAAAUUUAAACCAUGUACAAUGUGAGCACCUACCAUGAACAUUUUCAGAAUGAGGACUGGAGUCUGCAGGAAUAGCCGUAUUUCAGUAAGAAAAUAAAUAAAUAAAUAACUUU